AUGUGCUGCCGUCUUCCAUCGGUUUUGGGCGGCAAUAGUCUAAGGGCCUGUACAGUUUUUGGCCUCGACAAUAUUAGUCAGUCCGACACAUCGACCGCGUCCUCGUUUGCUUCACAGUCUGGAAUGAGUAGUAGCGAGGAGGUGUCGUGGAUUCUUUGGUUCUGUGGCUUGCGCGGAAAUGAGUUCUUCUGUGAAGUCGACGAGGAGUACAUUCAGGACAGAUUCAAUCUUACCGGGCUCUCGGAACAAGUGCCUAAUUUUCGUGCUGCUCUUGAUAUGAUACUGGAUUUGGAGCCUGAUGAAAUGCCCAAUGAUGCGAAUGAACCUGACAUUAUUGAACAGGCCGCUGAGAUGCUCUACGGUCUCAUUCACGCGCGCUACAUUCUCACCAAUCGUGGACUCAUGAUGAUGGGUGACAAAUGGCUUCAGGGUGAUUUUGGUUAUUGCCCUCGCGUUUACUGCGAUAAUCAACCUUGCUUGCCAAUCGGUCUUUCGGAUAUUCCUGGUGAAGCGAUGGUAAAAAUCUACUGUCCGCGUUGCCAAGAUGUCUACACGCCGAAGUCGACGAGACAUCACCACACUGAUGGCGCCUACUUUGGAACCGGCUUUCCUCACAUGCUCUUUGCUGUCCACCCUGAGUAUCGACCCAAGCGUGCUCCUAAACAGUUCGUGGCUAGGCUGUACGGCUUUAAAAUUCAUCCGCUGGCCUACCAACUUCAAUACCAAGCGGCAGCGAACUUCAACGCUCCGAUGCGUAGCGGGGGGUUCGGGAAGCGUUAA